GCGUCUGAUCUUUGAGAACAUGGUGGUGGAUCAGCAGCCAGUCAAGACAGCAGGACAACAACACAGCAGAGAUCAUUAUUUCAAGAACUGGGGAUUUUAAAGAAGGCAAUAAAGACAUGCAACGGUCGUGAUUAACGUCCGAGUCUCCUGGCAAACCACGAGAGGGAAAAGCAAAUCCGGAUUUUACCACUGUGGCUUGUUUUUAAGGGACCUGAGGUGGAGCUUUACUGGGAUCGUAUUGCCUUCUAGCGAGCUGGCUAACAUGCAGCUUUAGUGUUUGAAUUUGCACGAAAACGGGGAAAAAUACGGGCUGUAAUUUACAUGGGCUGCUACUAUCUCGACCCCUUUAACACCCAUCUAAUCGCACGCAGUUACAAAAAAAAGUAAUGUUGGCGUUUCACCUUGCAAACACAAGCAGGUUAGCUAGCCACCUCUAAAGGACCGACUCGUUGGCGCAGCUGAUAGCCGAACCCACGGCGCUUUCGCUCGGCCUGAGGACCAACGCGAUGCCGCGGCUUGAAAUCGGGCCUUCGGGAAGCUAACGCUAGCUGGACACAGCAGGGCCGCUUCAGAUGGUGGUUAUCAUUCCCAUGGCCGGUUUGUUAGACAAGUCACAACUCAAAGUCGAGAAGCAGCUUUAACUCUUCAUUCUGCACGGAGUUAUUUUAUUUUCAUGAGAUAACUGCAAAAAGUAAGAGCUAACGCCGGGUAAUCUGCUAAUUAGCCAGUUCAUUAGCCGACGGUAGCGACUUGUUUACAGUGUUAGCAUUUCCAUUUUCUGCCACUUACAGUUAGCCUGCAAGCGUGUUGGACUGGUGGGGUAAUUGGGCUUUUAUUUGCCCCCUUCGUUAACCUGAGGUACGUUAUAUUGCGCAUCAAGCCACGUACACACCCAGUGCAGAUAACACCGCUAUUAAAAUGACAUUGGGCCAUUUGUGUGAAGAGUUUAACAACCUAUGCAAUGCGUGUGAGUGAGAAAGCAGCGACGUUUAAGUUAGUGCGUAGUUUUUUUUUUUUCGUUUUUUUUUAUGGGACCAUUUAGGUUGGCACAGCUGUCCUUAAAGCCACGCAUGUAAACAAGCCCGACUGUAGUUACACUAAAUGAUCUUCCAGGAAUUAGCCCUUGCACAGACACUACACGGGCAUGGGAGCUGUUGACCUCCUGCAGCACAGAGACACAUCAGCCAUUCAUUCAUGAUUGAUGACCUUUGAGGAAGCAGACUGUCCCCCUUUUAUCUGUUUUCCACUACACCAAGCUACCCUCAGCCUGUGUUUUAGUGUAUCUUUUUAACCACUAAUGUAAAUCUAUUAAAGGGGAGAGAUACUGAGGAGUCCCACUGGCACCUGACUGGAACCACUGGGGUUGGAUGGGAACAUGAGGAGCACUCUGUCUGAUCUGAACAAGCCUCCCAGUAGCUUGAAGAUCUGAUCAAAAGCACAACAUAGAGCCCCCAUUGUGUGGACUGAAAAACCCGACGAGGAAAGAGACGAUGGGGAUGAUGAUAAAAGAGGCCCAGUGACAGUGUUGAUCCCGCACCAGGAAGCAGAGGAGUGUCACAAGGCUGCAGACAUGAGUCUCCGCCAGCCAACCUCCACGUUGGACAGGCUCAGCAGUCUGACCAUCGGGGACUCGGAGCGCAAAUCCUCUGCCACCCAGCAGAGGGAGCCAACGGCUGACAUCCCUGUCGAGAGUACGGGUCCCGGUCUUGUCCAGAGGUGUGUGGUCGUGCAGAAGGACCAGCUCGGGUUUGGCUUCACAGUGUGUGGAGAGAGAGUCAAGCUAGUGCAGAAUGUCCGACCAGGUGGUGCAGCAGUCAAGGCCGGGGUCCAAGAAGGGGACAGAAUCAUAAAGGUGAACGGGUCGCUGGUGUCCUCCAUGUCCCAUCAGGAGGUGGUAAAGCUCAUCAAAUCUGGACCGUAUGUAGCCCUGACACUACAAGGACCACCCCCUUGCACUGCCUCCUUGCCCUUAGAGCCUCUCUCCACUGACCACGCACAGGGUCACAGAAAGUCUCUGGGUGGGGAGGCCCCACCCCCUCCACCUCCACCCUUGCCCUCUGGACUGAGCAGCACCCCUUCCCAAAGAAUCACUGGACCUAAACCACUACAGGACCCAGAAUUACAUAAACAUGCCACUCAGAUACUCAGGAAAAUGCUGGAGCAGGAAGAGGCCGAACUACAGGACUUGCUGGAGGAGCAUCUGAAGAACCCGUCGCCGUCAUUGGAGGAGCGGAUUGAAAGUGCCAAGAGGAGAGCCCACCAAGUCAGGGUGAAGAUUCAGCAAGAUCUGGAAGGAACGCGGUCAGAGUCUGCCACGAGCUACGUCAUUGCAGGAGAAGGUCGACUAUCGAUGGACUCAAGCGAAGGAGACAUGGAGGCCUUUGAGAGUCCCCACUCCUCCCCCUCAUCCUCCUUCAGGACCCCCCAACACCGACGGCAGAACUCCGACACACACACCCUGUCUGAUUCGGGCGGAAAGGCCCAGAUCAUCGGCCCAGAGGAAGAGGAUGAAGAGGAUGACGGCUAUGCAUUUAACGAGAUGGACGGUCCGUUCCAGGACCUUGAGUUGUUGAAGUCACGACCGGCACACAUGGCCGUGUUCAUGAGAUACGUCUUUACCCAGCUUCUGGACCCCAACCCUCUGCUGUUUUACCUGUCAGUGGAGGCCUACCUGGGCUCCAGUCCUAAAGACGCCCGCGCACUUGCACCUCAGAUCUGCUCCCAUUUCCUGGACCCAGAUGCUCCCCUGAAAAUCAAAGUACGAGAGGAGUACCUCACAGAUAUAGAAAGUCGACUUCAUGCUCAGGAGGACAUCAGGGGACCUCUGUCUGAGCUGCAGCAGCAGGUGCUGCCGGACAUCCAGGACCAGAUACAGGACUACAGGAACAAGCAGAUGAUGGGUCUUGGCUCUCUGUUUGGAGAAGGAGACCUGCAGCAGCUGGAUGGAGACCCGAUGAAAGAGAGACAAGUGGUUGACAGACAGGUCACUGCCCUCUGGGAAAUACUAUCAAAGCACGAAGAGGACAGAAGUUCUCCUCUGGCGUCGGCAGUGCUCCUGUACCUGCGUCAUUCUGGUAUCAAGCUAAGAGACUCCAAGGUCUUCCCUGGUUUGAGCACAGAGAAGGAGAAGUGGCUCGCUUUCUUAAAGACGAAAAAGCUGAGUGGCACAAAGAAAGAGAAAGAUGGAGAGGAUAAAAAGAGAAAUCCCAUCCUGAAGUACAUCGGCAAACCCAGGAACACAUCCCAGUCCACAUUCCAUGUCCCGUUGUCACCCACCGAAGUCCGUCCCGGCAGUGUGAGGAACAUCAUUCAGCAGUUUGAGAAUCACACGGAGACGACGGGAGAGGAGGGGGGUGACGCUGCUGACCCCCAAAGGCUCUCCUCCAGCAGCCUGGGAGAAGACGGCAUGGACAGCCCUACGGUCUCAGUGCGUCUGGCACGUAGCGAGUCACUGAAGGCUCAGGGAGAGGGGCGUCGGCGGGGCGUCGUCUCAGGGACGGAGUCUGUCCCUCGCUCUCGCAGCGACGUGGACAUGGAGGACUGCGGGGAGGAGAGGGAGGGGCCGGGCCUCAGGCCGUUGCAGCACAGCGCGUCGUCAUCUGCAUCCAGCAGCUCUGCGCGGUCUCUAGAGAACCCUACACCCCCAUACACCCCUCGGUCUAGACGCAGGAGUGUAGACUCACCGUUGGCGUUGCUGCCAGACGCUGCGGCGCUGGAGGAAGACGUGUACGACAGUCAGAACUGGCAGGACACAGUUCCUCCUCAGCUCCUCGCCACGCUCAGUCCGAGGGAGGUGGACAGACAGGCGGUCAUAUACGAGCUGUUCACCACUGAGGCGUCUCACCUGCGGACCUUGAGGGUCUUGGACCAGGUCUUUUUCCAGAAGAUGAGGUCUGUGCUGAACUCUGAUGAGCUCGCCUGCAUCUUCCCCAACCUGCCCCAGGUCUACGAACUCCACGCAAGUCUGUGCGAGGCGAUGAAGAAGCGAAGAGAAACCCCCAUCGUUCAGGACAUCGGCGACGUUAUGCUGGCCAGGUUUGAAGAUGCAGCUGGAGAUGAGUUCCAGGAACAGGCGUCCCAGCUGUGCAGCCAGCAAUCUCAGGCCCUGGAGCUGAUCAAGAACAAACAACGUAAAGACCCUCGCUUUGCACACAUCAUCCAGGAGUGUGAGGCGAGUCCCCACUGUCGGAGGCUGCAGCUCAAAGACCUGCUGGUGUCGGAGAUGCAGAGACUCACCAAGUACCCUCUGCUGCUGGACAACAUCAUUAAACACACAGAGGGUGAGGAUUCAACAGCGGGUUCGUCGGACCUCCCCUCACUUCAGCGCGCCCAGGCGUGUUGCAGAGGGAUACUGCAGGCUGUCAACGAGGAUGUGAGGGAAACGGAACACCGGCAACGCCUCAGCCAAUACCAACGCAGGCUGGACGCUGCCCCACAAUUCAAGAGUCUGGACUUAUCCACUAAGAGAAUGAUCCAUGAAGGUCCUCUCACGUGGAAAGUCAACAAAGACAAGCAGAUAGAGAUUCAAGCGUUGCUGCUGUCGGACUGCCUGGUCCUUCUACAGAGGGGCCCAGACGACCGGCUGCAGCUCAGAUAUCCAUCCCGCUGGCUGGGUGGAGGCGGAGGAGGCAGCGGAGACAGCAAGACCUCCUUCAGCCCUCUGGUGAAGCUGCACUCGCUGCUGGUCCGCUCAGUAGCUACAGACAACAAAGCCCUCUACAUCAUCAGCACCACAGAGAGGCAGAUCUACGAGCUGGUGGCUGGGACGUCAUCGGAGAAAAACAACUGGAAAGAUUUACUAGAAAAGACCAUCUCAUCGGCAGACGGUUCAUCACCCCUGAUCAAUCACGGAUCCAUGCGUCUGUCUUCCCCCAGUCUACGCAGUGCGUCCCCAGUCUCAACUGGCAGUAAUGUCUUUGCAGACAAUUCCAUGACGGAGCAGUCGGACUCCAUGGAGACUCAUUCCAACAACAACGACGACAUUGUGCCCUCAGCCAACACACCUUCGGACCAAUCAGAAAGAAAAGCUGCCGGUGUGGCAGAGGCCGCUUUACAAGACGUUGAAACACUAAAGCAGCUCAUAUUACGGGAUUUAGAAGAGGACGGUUGGAGCCACGAUUCCGAUGACACGCCCACUAACGAGACGACCAACGAAAGGAGCUCGUUCACAGAGAGACAGCGGCCAGAGUCUCUGGAGACGGUCCUCAACUUCAGCGUCGACGAAUGGGAGGCCGAGCCUGAAGAGGUUCCGCCCCCAGACGCCGAGCAGCCUAGCGUUCAGGUCGUGAGAAAAGCUAUGGUUGCGGGUCCUUCUUCUUCUUCUUCUGUCCCUGACGACAUCACUGAUGAUGUCGCCCUCCCCUCCGACCAAUCAUCCAAGCCGAGAGGCGAGGCCACCGCGCAGGGGAACACUUUCUACCUGGUAAUGCCUACAGAGCAAGGAGAGAGCAUCACCGAUGACCACGACGACCCCCCGACCCCCACCGCCAGCCACUUCCCUCAGUCGCUCGUGGAAGUGAUGUCACCACAGAUGCAGCCGGAGGAGGAAACGCCCGACUUUGUCCCCGCGCCCAACCGAUCGGAGGCUAUGCAACCGGAACAGGAAGAAGAAACGGGUCAAUCGCAGGCUGGGCACCAGAGCCACGUGAUCAAAAACGUGGACGAGAUUUUCCACACGAUUGAGGGGUUGAUGAGCAAGUUGCGGCAGCUGAAGGAAAUUGAGAAAGCCCAUCACACGCUUUUGAAAACCCUCAGAGAGCCAUCUGUCAAUCAGGAGUCAGAGGAACAACAGUGUCCCUCGGCAACCGUCUCCAGAACACCAUCGCUGGAUCGCGGAUCAGGAGACGCAGGUAAAGAGGGCAGUCCAGCAGAGCCCAAGAUUCAGUCGACAGGAUUCUAACAUCGCUGCGGAGUGGAUUUACAUGUCACUCAAUCUUGAUGGAGGCACCCAUAUGUACCCACCGUCAGACUGUGGCACCUCAGCCCUGCCUCCCCUCGCCCCUCGUCCCUGCAUGCACUGGCCAGUGGAACAGAGCCCAGGAAGGACCAUGGCUGUUUCUUUUGUUGUUGUUUUCUGUUGCCCUGGGACACCAGGAUGCCUGACGGACUCGCUGGGAUUUCUGAGGGGGUCAGCACAACCUCUCAGAGCAUGAGGGAGUCCAGGACGGAGUGAGGAAAAAAGUAUGAAGGAACAAAAAAAGAAGAAGACAAGUUGACUGGCAAAGAGAAAGGAAAAGUUGGGAAGAAUUGAAAGUGGGGAAAAAAAAAAGUUGGAUACUUGUGAAGGAAAAUGAGUUGUACGUCUUGCUUUAAAGAGCUGGUUGAAGGAGCGGAGCAGGAAAGUGUUGAAAUGUUAAUUUAAGGAAAAA